GCGUGAUGAAAAAAAUAUUUGACUGCUUUCGUGACGUCCACCCAUGAUCAUUUUAUUUGCGUGUUUGGAAUAGAAAAACUGGAACGAAAAUCGUGCAAAGGAGGAUCAAUUUUCCUACACAACCUUCCAUUACACUUUCGGUCACGACCAGCAUUAGCCGGUCGAAAGGACGUGCAUUAUUUCGUAUCCCUCUCCUGUUGUUUUGCCCUCGCCCUCGUACAGUGCUAGAUCAUGGAUCGGGGCAAAUCGGGGCCGGGCAUACGGGCCACCAAGAAGCAACAGCUAAGCCAUCCACAGUCAGAACUGUACGCGUUGGGUUCCAAAUCUUCAGUCGGUGGGUCGCGUGGAGAUGAUGCAAAAUCCCGCGUCGGGGUCGGUGGCGUCGUGUCGGACCGCAAACGGGAAGCCUCCUCCUCGAUGGCACUGGGCAGCGCUGGAGGUCCGGCAGCGGCGAAGAAAAUUAAGCUAACAUCCGGGGCGAGCGGCUCGAUCGUUGGUGGUAGCAGUACCGGGUUGGGUGGUGUAUCCGGAGUCGGCACGAGCAAAAUCUCUUCCGGCGGUGAUAGCUCCAGCUCUAGCAGCAUUCUCGAGUACUGGGAGCAGUGUGCGAUGGAGUGCGAAUCGGUUGAUUUGGCCUCGACCGUACUGUCGGCGAUUGAGCAGCAGGAUAGCGACAGCGUCGUGGGAUACAUUUGCGGUGCAAUAAAGCUGCUCAUCUCGCCCAAAUCAAAGUCGGAAUCGGUCCUGUCACUUUCGCUGCUUUAUCUGGCGCGGUUACGACCGCACCUGUUUUGCAAUGAGACGAUCACAUCGGCACUGAUCGCGGUGCUGAAGCGCGAUAGUGGUGGCAACGCAUUCAAAGGCCGCAACAACCCGACGAUGCACAUUCUGGCGUGUAAUUUGCUCGCACGCGGAUACAGCGAUAAGAAGCAGUGGCCGGAAAGCUUCAUCCGGACGUACAUCGACGAUGCGAUCAACGAUCGUGUGUGGGUAGAUUACGAAGAGUGUGCCCCGUUUACGGACAAUAUUGUGGCGGCUUUCGGCACAAAAAUUCCACCCAAGUGGAUGCUGCAGCCGGAGCUGAGUACGCUGAAUCCAACGACACGCGACGGCACGCUGCCGGACGACGAACACUCGACGGACAGCGGCAUGUUUGGCGAUGCGCUGGGGAAGGAUCCGGAAGCGAAUCCGCCGCGAUUUGCGCAUAUGCGCGAGCAGCUCGAGCGCAUGGUGAUGGACGCGAUGAAGGACCAGCUGAACCGCCGGCAGGGACCGGAAUGUUCGACGAAAAACUUCCUUCGAUAUCUGUCGCUUACGUGCGGCAUUCUGGAGGUACGCGCGUUCGUUGUUCCACGGCUGGAAAUGUGGAUACACAACGGGAAGCUGGUGAAACCGGUCCAGGAGUUGCUCACGUUUCUGUGCUACAACGUGACCGGUCAAAGCCCGAAAGAGCACGAGGUGCUGUCCAACUUGGCCAAGGUGCGGCUGAAAUCGAAACCGCUCAUCAACAUCUUCAUGAUUGGGCUGAAGGAGAUGAUCAACUGUCAGCCGGAGAUUCUAACGCCGCUGCUCAAGUACGUGGUGCAGAACGAGCUGUCGAAUGCCCGCAACCCGAACAACAUGGGCAUGCUGGCGAUGAUGUUUCAGACGAAGCCGACCGAAUCCGCCGCCAACUUGGCCGAGAUUUACCAGGAGUUUUUGCUGCAACGCGAAGACGUUUUGCGCACGCUGCGGUUCUUCCUGCGCGAGUUGGUCAAGAUGCUACGCUACGACAUCAAUCUGACCGUGUUCUGCAAGGUGCUGCUACAGAACCGACCCGAUCUUACGCCGCAGAUUGCUAGUUCGGAGUUUCGCGAUCGAAUCUUUCACUCGAUCGUCGAUCUCGUUUGCUUGUGCAUGUUUCUGUCCGUAUCGCCACAGAUUCGUGAAGCGAACGUUUCGAUCCGCAGUGGCCGCGAGACGAAAAGUUCACCGGCCCUGAGUGCGUUCUACCAGCAGCAGUCGAUCAUUCAGGAUCAGGCACUCGCCUGGAUGAAGGACGUGGUGCCGCGUGUGUACAAACCGAUCGCUGCGAACGAUUAUAAGGCGGCGCUUCAUAAGCUGCUGCUGCUGGACUCCCCGGAAGCGUACGCGAAAGGCGACCAGUGGCCACCGGAACCGGAACGUGCGCCGCUCCUCCGUAUGGUGUCGGAAAUCCCGCUGCAAGAGAGCCUAAUGCUGUGCAUACUGCUGAUUGGGAUCGAGAAGGAGAUUCCGUUCUCGAUACAGGACACGAUGGAGAUAACUGAGCAGCUGGUACGGCGCGCCGGAUCCUUGCGGCACAUGGACUAUCCUCCGCUCGAAAUUACCGAUCUGAAGAUAAUUGAGCUUCUCUUCAAAAUGUCCGAGUAUCACCAUCCGGACAAUAUCGUGCUACCGCUCAACUACGAACCACCCAACCUGGCCAUCUCCUCCCUGUACUGGAAGACGUGGAUCAUCUUGCUGCUCAUCUCGGCCCACAAUCCCUCCUCGUUCGGGUCGUUCUGCUGGGAGCAGUAUCCGAUGCUGCGGCUGCUAAUGGAGAUGUGCAUCACGAACCAGAUCGGGCCACCGAAACCUUGCGAAGAAGAGCUUACCGUGGCGGCGCUCGAAAAGGCACAGAUCCUUGAGUUCGAGAACCAUCUCGCGUCGAAUCCGAUCACGGAGCAGAACAGUUUGCUGCUGUCGCAGCUAAUUCUGAUGGAUCCGCGGGGUGUAGCGCGUCGGCCGCCGAACCCGGUGCUGGACCAGAUACAGCAACUGAACGUUAGUCACCGGCUAGGCCAUUUGCUGUGCCGAAGCCGUAAGCCGGAUCUUCUGCUCGAGAUCAUACAGCGCCAGGGAACGUCACAGUCCAUGCCCUGGUUAGCCGAUUUGGUACAAAACUCCGAGGGCGAUUUCAACCAUCUGCCGGUGCAGUGUUUGUGUGAGUUUUUGCUGGCGAAUUCCGGCACGGCCAUCGUCGAGGCGAGUCGUGAGGCGGAACUGUUGCUGUAUCUGCAGCGCGUCCUGCAGGAUGAGACGGGCGAACAUCAGAUGAUGAUUGGAGAGGUGCUGGAGUAUUUCCUGCGCCGACUGUCCUCCUUCUCGAGUGCGUCCCGCCAGGCGGCUAUUCGCGGGUUAAAGCUGCUGCUGAAAGUAUUCCAGGAAGAGCACGAUCCGGGUGCAACCGUCCCGAUCGAGGCAAACAAUGGCGACUGGUUGCUACGCUACCUGCCCAUGAUACCACACUUUCCGUACGUGCGACCGAGCGUGAUCGUGCAGCUGCGGGCCGCCUGUCAGGUGGAAAACAUUCCGGAGCUCGUGAUGGUGUACAUUCAGUUCGUGGCCGCCCACAGUGCGAUGGAUGGCGAGGAAGCGAUGCUGGAGCAUGUGAUGGACAUGUCCCACCUGAUCGUGGAACGUACGACCGUGUUUGCGAACAUCAUCCCAACGCUGGCCGAUCCGAGCGAGCAGCGCAUCCAGACGCUCAACUGCCUGUUUGUAAUGUUUAACAAUUUCCUGAUCAAGCUGCGCGAUGCGAAGGUUAUUCCGCACGCGUUCACCGAGUAUCCGGACCUGUUGCUGGUGCAGUUCGCCGACGAAAGCCAGUGCCACAUUCAUCUCAACAUCAUCCAAGCGUUCGUAAUUCUGUUGACACAUUCGUCGUUCAUUUCCGUCGCCGGUCAAAUCUUGGAUUACUGGUUCCCGGAAGGUUCGCCACCGCCGCAAGCAUUUACGGUGGAUGGUUCCGAGCCGAUUUGCAUCCUGCCCGAUUGGUUGAAGCUGAAAAUGAUCCGCAGCAAUGUCGAGCGGCUGGUCGACGCUGCCCUGCAGGGGCUGACGCCGGAUCAGAUUGUACUGUUCGUGCAAAACUUCGGCACACCGGUUGGCUCGAUGUCGAAACUGUUGGCCCUCCUCGAUCGGGCAGUGAUUGUACAGUACGACGCGGUAAACGCGGCCAUCCUGAACAAAAGCUAUCUGGCGCAGCUAAUCGAAAUACAGCAGGCACGGGGUGCAAAGAAUGGGCACAUCUCAGUGGAAGCGUUGGAGCUGCUGCCCCAGCAGAUGGCUGCCAGAGCAACAGAGGAACCUAGGCCAAUGUCUAUCGACGAAGAAAAGGAAUCAAAACCGGCGCUUGGUGUGGGUCCGAAGGAGGGAAGCGUUAUGGACUCGUAUCGAAUUGAGCUGCUGCCGGCGAGUUCUUCCGCCGACUUGAGACGCUCUGUAUCGUCCGACGCAAGACCCGCCUCCGGGUCGAAAACGAAAGAGAUCGAGGAAGCGAUCGAAUUGCUGCUGACGUGCCCUUCAAAGCUGAAUCGAGCCGCAGUAGGCAAGUACCGUAAGCUUAUUCAACGUCUAAUGAACUCAUCGUCCAAAGCGCAGGAAUACGCCGCAAACAAAUCGAUCUCGUAUCUGGGCCGGCUGCUGAAAAGCCAACAGGGCCAGGGAUUGAUCAAGGGAUUGACACAAAGCUCGCAAGUGGUGUGUUUCUUCCGCGCGCUGCUCGAAACACCGAUCGAAAAGUUCGAAAAUGUCACCAACAUGCUGCACGUGCUGGAUGAGAUUAUACGGUUGCUGAAUCCAACGUCGAACACGGUCCUGCUGGAAGUUCUCGUCAGCAAGCGCGCGCGCAUGGUGCGUUUGGCGCACAAAGAAGCGGGCGGCAUAUCGAAUGGAGCAGGCGUGAAGCAAGAACCUGCGACGGUGGCGAAAAGUGGCUCGGCGACAUUUGGUGGCGAGUUGCUGGAGGUCCUCUCCACGACAAGAACUGCCGAGGUGGAGCGCAAAGGCAUGCAGCAGCUGUGGCGAACGAGCCGGGAGACAUUGAUCAGUGUCGCGGCUACGAUGCUGAAAGGCAGUGGAGCCAGUUCGGAUACGCUGGAAGGGAACAGUGAGGUGGAAGGCAAUAAGUGUGGCCUGCUGGUCGAUUGGGUCGCCGAUGCCGAUUCGGAACUGAUACGCGUCAACAAGGAGCAGCAGAUGGAGCUUCUCUUUAGCAGAAGCUUAUCGAACUCACGUCCCUAUCUGCUGUCGCUCAUGUCACAUCAGGCCAGUUGGGCCACGCUCUACCAAACGGUCGCUUUGCUGAUGGGAUCCUUUAACCCCGCGUACGAUCCCUCCUCGGUGUUGGACUUUGUCGCCACACUUACCCGCAAUCCACGGCUCUGGCAGGGACGCGAUAAAGCCGCCGCAAAGCAAGACCAGACCGAGUACAUCGUGUCGCUGAACGUGGCGCAAUCCUGCACCCUGAUCGAUUACAUACUGGCGGAAGAAAAAACCAGUGCCGAAACGAACGACGCUGGCCAACCCGUACUGCGCCUGAGUCAACGCGUGAAGCUGCUGCUGCAGUGUUUGCCGGCCAAAUUCACGAUGCUGCCCGGGAUCGUGACGUACGUGCAGAGGGGCGAUAUUUCUUCCGCCGCUCAAAAGUUUUUGCAACAGCUGUACCUCAAUUUGCCACCGAUGAAGUUUAUCCUGCCGCGGGUUAGUACGGACCUUUACCAGGCCGAUAUGCGCAACGAGGCCGGUGGUUGUGUGGCGGACAAGUUUACGUACUACAUCAUUACGGCGAUCGCCUGUUUGACCAAUCCGCGCGACUUUCAAACGAUGUCGGCCGAGAUGGAGCUGAUCGUGCGGAAGCUGGCAGCAUCGCAUCCGGCACUCUUCCUGCGCCAACUGUCCGUACUGUCCGCGCUGCUGCAGGGCCGCGCCCAUAUGGAUCUGCACGUGCUGCGUUCCGAGUACCAUUUCCAUCUGUUUCAUCAGGUGAUGGGCAUACUGGAGCUGCUGGCACCGGUCGUCUUUCGUGACUGCUAUCGUGCGGGACUGCAGAACGGGUUGGACUGCUUCUUCCAGCUGCUGAAACAUCACGGAACGUUUAAGGAAAGCUACACACUCAUCUACCGGUUCGUUGAGUUCCUGCAAGCAUACAUCGGCGCUAAUCCCGUGACGGCGAUUGCGUUCGUCGAGCAGUACGCCGACGUGUUGAUCGAUCUUGCCCAUCAGCACUUUGAUCUGCACGCGCUUCAGCAACUGGUGCAAGGGCUCUCGAUGCUGCGCCAUACGGCAACGGUCGCCAAGAAGCAUUCGGUUGGAAUCCUUGCUGAUCUCGAUCAGCUAGCGGCCAGUGCUGCUUUAUUCGAUGGGAAAGCCGAUCGUACGAUGGCGGACAGUUUGUGCAAGGUGGGACACACCGGCAGUGCCGCAGUAGGACUUAUGCUUGCCCCGGCUAUUAAGAACGACCUGCUACCGAACCACUGGACCGAACUGGUGGCCGUGCUGCGCUCGCGCGACAUCGACGAAGUGUCCGUGCCGCUGAUGGAGCUGGACGCACUCUCGGUAAAGCGACCCGCACUGCUCGAGGACAUCUUUGACGAUGUUGUCCGCUUCGUACAGCAUCCUUCACCGGCGAUCCGGCAAAUGGCACAUAAUCUGGUGACGCGCUGGCUGAAGCAAAGCCCCGGCAACAUCAGCACCAACGGAACGGCACUGACGGCAUUCGUCCAGUGCCUGAACCACGAGGACGUUGCCGUGGCACACAGUGCGCUAGACAAAACGACCGAGUACACGCUCUGCCUGCAGGAGCACACGCCCCAGAUCAUGCGGGCCGUGUUCGAGCUGGGCAUCGGCAGUCGGAUCAACACGUACAACGCGCUUCGGCGGUGUGUUCAGGCGCUUAAGAAGCAGCACGCAUCCUAGACACGGGAGUGGAACGUUUGGACAGUAGUUAAGCCAACAGUGACAUAUAUAUAUAAGUGUAAAGUAGAAGCAGAAGAGCAUUAGAAGAGCGAAGAAUAAUUAUUUUAACUCUGUGGAACAAAGUAAGUCUAAAGUAA